UGUUCGCGAGAAAACAACACUGACACAAGGGGACUGUUUGUCACAGAUGGGAUGAAUUGUAAAGGCUAAUGUGAAGAGGUCAUGCGCCGUGAUGGCAGAUAUUGUCGCCAAGCGUUUGGCCUCAGAGGACAUGAGUAAAGUGGAGCAUUCCUAAGGGGUUUACGAUUUAGGUUCUUACAUACUGCACAUUAGCAUCACGCCAGAGGUGUUUUCCCGUAAAUAAACGACCAUCAACUCUCUUACUUAGAGGCCACCUCCUCUUCUUCCUCUCUCUCUUUGAGCGUGUGGCAGCACAGAGCAAAACACUGCAGUUCUUUCAGCCAGACUAUCUCUCCUUUUCGCUCUUUACGCUCGCCACACUCAGCUCCGUAUCCGUCCUCCUCUUUCUCAAGUGGGCUACCAUGCGUCUUAGUUUCUCCCAUUCCUCUCUGCUCGACUCCCACCCUUCGAGGGUCCUUUCAUCAUCAAGCCCAGCUCUCUCGCUUCCACGCCGGGCUCGCUAAACGCCUUCCGGAGGACUUUGGAACAGGACACAGCUGGUUGUCGGGUCUGGGGAGACCUUUGCUGAGACCCUUCACUCGAUGGAGGAAACUCAUCAGUCAGUGUCAGACACGUCAAUAACGACUCACUGCAUGUGGAGUCAGCCUUUCGCAGGAUCUCACUCUUAAGUCUCCACAAACCAAGCAGGACUGCAUGGUUGUUACAUCAGCUUGAGUUCCCCCCCGCACCGCCUCAAAAAAAAAAAAAACGACACUCAUGCUCCUUCUUCCCAGCCUGUGACCUCCAUAUGAGAUACCACAGCUCAGCGCAGAACUGGCCCGGACUUUCAGCUUCACGUCGUCAUAAAAAGGAGCAGCUGUCUCGGUCUCGGAGCUAGCUCUAGUGGUCGCGGCGUUGGUUUGCACCCACAGCCAUGCAGGUGUCCUUCGCGUGCACAGACCAUGGGCUGAAGGCCCCACGCAACGGCGAGCACAGCAAGCAGAACACCACCAGUCCCAACACCACCAGCCAGGCUCGAGCCCGCUUUCGCACCGUGGCCCUGAUAGCUCGCAGCCUGGGUUCCUUCACCCAUCGCUACCACCACAACCUCAAGGAGUCCACCGCCAAGCUCACUGGCAUGAAGUACCGGAAUCUUGGGAAAUCUGGUUUGCGUGUCUCCUGUCUGGGCCUCGGCACGUGGGUGACAUUCGGCGGUCAGAUCUCAGAUGAGGUGGCCGAGCAGCUGAUGACGAUCGCGUAUGAGAGUGGGGUCAACCUCUUCGACACGGCGGAGGUGUAUUCCGGCGGGAAAGCAGAGAUAAUCCUGGGAAACAUCAUCAGGAAAAAGUGCUGGAGGCGUUCCAGUCUGGUGAUUACCACGAAACUCUACUGGGGAGGAAAGGCAGAGACAGAGAGAGGCCUCAACAGAAAACACAUCAUUGAAGGUUUAAAGGGCUCCCUCCAGAGGAUGCAGUUGGAGUACGUCGAUGUGGUUUUUGCCAACCGACCGGACAACAACACUCCCAUGGAGGAGAUUGUGCGAGCCAUGACCCAUGUGAUCAACCAGGGAAUGUCUAUGUACUGGGGGACAUCACGGUGGUCUGCCAUGGAGAUCAUGGAAGCCUACUCAGUGGCCAGGCAGUUCAAUCUUAUUCCACCAGUCUGCGAGCAGGCUGAGUAUCAUUUUUUCCAGAGGGACAAAGUGGAAACACAGCUGCCAGAGCUCUACCACAAAAUUGGUGUAGGUGUGGUCUCUUGGUCUCCUUUGGCCUGCGGCAUUAUCACCGGGAAAUAUGACGAUGGCGUGCCGGAGUCCUCCAGGGCUUCCAUGAAGCCAUACCAGUGGUUAAGGGAGAAAAUAAUGAGUGAGGAUGGAAGAAAACAGCAAGCCAAGCUGAAAGAGUUGGCUCAUAUAGCAGAGAAGCUUGGUUGUACGUUACCCCAACUUGCUAUAGCGUGGUGCCUGAGGAAUGAAGGUGUGAGCUCAGUACUGUUGGGAUCUUCGAAUCCAAGCCAGUUAACAGAGAAUCUCGGUGCAAUUCAGGUGAUUCCAAAGAUGACAGUGGGCAUCGCCUCAGAAGUGGAUCACAUACUGGGGAAUCGUCCACACAGCAAAAAGGACUACCACCAUUAGGACGAUCCGACUUCUUGGCAAACUGUCCUCUGAAAGUGUAUCAAAGCUCACACUCACAGCCAUGGCACAACAAUUACUGCCCAACUUUGCUCAUGUGACCCUGUGUGUGACUGUGCAAAGUGAUCUGCUUGGCUCUUCAGUCAUGUGUCAUUAUCAUAAAGUGAGAUCAUUGGCAUAGAAUGCAUGCUUACAACCAUGACAGCCAGCAGAUGCAACAGUUAAAAGAUCCAGCGAGAACAUUGCUGGUAUGGAAUCAUGCCCCCAGCUGUAUGUGCAACAUUCAAAGUCAUUGCCGCGCAGUGAAUAACUUAAGUUGCAUCUAGUUUUUAAGAUAGAUAGAAUUUUGCCUCACUAGAUGUUUGUGAGACAUUAGAAACAAUAUAUAUGAUAACCUGCGUAACUGGACCUGAUCUCGACAGACUCGAUGCCACGUUGAAUGUCUUUUAGCAGCUCAAGCUGAAGGGUCAACGUGAUAAAACUGAAUUCCGCUAAUAUAUUUUUCAAAACACCUUUGCUGUACUGAUUGUAAUGUGUUUUACUUGAUGAGCAGUUUUAACGUUCCUCCAGAAAUAGUCUACUCUCCUAUUGUUUACCUUCACCUCUUUUUAAUUCAACUGUCGUCGUUAAACAUUUUUCUUGUCAGGAUUGGAGAGAUGAUGAACCAAUACGGGGCGCUUAGACCAACAAAGCUGUAUAGGCCUAGCAAAUGAAAACAUUACACUAUACAAGCCCCUCCAGUCAUUUCUUCUAGAAGCCAUUUUACUGAAUGGGUCUUAGUUUUGCUCUCUAUGUUCAUGUGUAUUUUUUGUCAUGGUUCAUCAGUUGUACAAAGAAAUAAAGAUCUUAUAGCUAACAA